AUGAAAGCCAUGUACAAGCUGCCAAUCUUUGAAGGUGUCCUUUCUGAUCUCGUGAAUGAAUGGCGCGUCCCACGCUCCAAGUCUCUGGCAUAUUUCCAUGGAGACGAAUCCGUGCAUGAUUUCUUUUCUCGUCGUGUAGGUCCUCGGAUAGCCGACACGUUCGUUUCGGCUAUAAUUCAUGGCAUUUACGCAGGGGAUUCGCGUCACCUCAGUGUGAAAGCUCUAAUGCCAUCGCUAGUUGAACUGGAACAGACACACGGGGGAAUUCUUCGUUCCUUUUUGCCAAAGCUGUUGAAUAGCCAGUACCGAGCUCCUCAAAGUACUGUGAUGCCCACUGACCAGGCAAAAAUGGCCGAUGUAGAGUCACGAUUGAACCCUGCAUUAGUCAAGCAGCUACCUUCGACAAGCAUUUACUCCUUUCCUCAGGGUCUCGGUGAGAUUGUUCAGGCGCUCGAGAACGAGUUGAUUGCAGCUCCCAAUGUGGAAAUAUGGAAAGACUCAGCCUGUGAACACAUUGCUGCUGAGUAUCCAUUCAGACUAACUUUGCGGCAUAUGAAGGAACCUCUUUAUGCUGACCGUAUCAUUGCCGGUGUUCCAUCCCAUCAUCUUGCCCGACUUCUUCCCGAUCUUCCACACUUGGCACACAAUCCUGCGGCCCACCUAGCCGUUGUAGAUGUAGUGCUAGCCCGGCAUGACCGCGCAGCUUCAUAUGAGCUACCAGUCCAUGGUUUUGGCUAUUUGGUUCCUCGUUCCGCGAAGCCGAAUCCUCAUGACAUUCUUGGUGUUAUUUUCGACAGCGAUGCAAUGCCUAACCAGCUCGAAAUAUUGCGCUCCGAGACAUGUUCGCUUUCUAGCCAACCUUUCACAAAACUGACAGUAAUGAUGGGCGGUCCAUACUGGCGUGAGCGAGCAUCAUUGCCUUCGGAAGAGGAGGCUGAAGAACGAGCACUUCGCGCGCUGCACACUCAACUUGGUAUUCCAUUGACGGUGCUCUCAAGACAAGUAAGGCAUGUUCGGUCGCGUGUCCUCACCGAUACAAUUCCUCAAUAUCUCGUGGGUCAUCCACAACGAAUGCAGGAAUUGCACACGAUCAUAUCUACGCAGGCGCCAUGGCAACACCGUCUGUCGCUCCUUGGAUACAGCUACGGUGGUGUCGGAGUCAAUGAUUGCAUAGCCACUGCUAUGGACACAUGUGAGGCCAUAUCCGACUAUGAGCUGGGCCUCGAUGCUCAACCCUAUCAACGGGACAUGACAGGUCUAAAAGAAGCUGCUCGGUGCGCCUGA